AUGAAGAAGCAAUUCAACCGCAUGCGCCAGCUCGCCAACCAGACUGUGGGCAGGGCUGAGAAGACGGAGGUUUUGAGUGAAGAUCUCCUGCAGGUGGAGAAGCGCCUGGAGCUGGUGAAGCAGGUCUCCCACAGCACCCACAAGAAGCUGACGGCAUGUCUGCAGGGCCAGCAAGGCGUGGACGCCGACAAGCGCUCGAAGAAGCUGCCGCUGACGACGCUGGCGCAGUGCUUGAUGGAGGGAUCGGCUGUGCUGGGUGACGACUCCCUCCUGGGGAAGAUGCUGCGGCUGUGCGGGGAGGCGGAGGACAAGCUGGCUCAGGAGCUUAUCCACUUCGAGCUGCAGGUGGAGAGGGACGUCAUCGAGCCCCUCUUCGUGCUGGCUGAGGUGGAAAUCCCGAAUAUCCAAAAGCAGAGGAAGCACUUGGCAAAGCUCGUGCUGGACAUGGACUCCUCCAGGACACGGUGGCAGCAGUCCGCGAAGUCCUCGGGUUUGGCCAGCAACCUGCAGCCCUCGGGUGCCAAAGCCGAUGCUCUCAGGGAGGAGAUGGAGGAGGCGGCCAACAGAGUGGAGAUUUGCAGGGACCAGCUCUCGGCUGACAUGUACAAUUUUGUGGCCAAAGAAGUAGACUAUGCAAACUAUUUUCAAACUCUGAUCGAGGUGCAGGCAGAGUACCAUCGGAAAUCCUUAGCACUUUUGCAGAACGUCCUGCCUCAAAUUAAAGCCCAGCAGGAGGCGUGGAUGGAGAAGCCCUCGUUCGGGAAGCCCUUGGAGGAGCACCUGGCCGUCAGCGGGCGGGAGAUCGCCUUCCCCGUGGAGGCGUGCGUGACAAUGCUGCUGGAGUGCGGCAUGCAGGAGGAGGGUCUCUUCCGAGUGGCGCCUCCAGCAUGUCCUGGAGGCCUGGGGGGCUGCUGCCUGGCCCAGGGGGCAGGAGUACUCUGGCGACCCGCACGCCUCGCUGGUAGAGGCUGCCCGGGGAGGGUGCUGGCUGGCUCGGCCCAGUUCUCCAGCCUGUCCCGGUCCCUCUGGAUGGCAGCACGACUCAGUGGUGCAUCAGGCCACUCCUCGCCAGUGUAG